UUCUCUUAUCAAUUCAAAUUGUGCAGUGCUCUUGGCUAUUGCACCAGAAAAAGUAUGGCUUCUUUUGAUGGCAAUGAGACUGAUUCGUUCAGAAUUUCAACACCAAAUGAUAAUUCAACAAUAACAGAUGGAGUGCUGAUUGAGAGAUUGGUCAAAGGAAUAUCCUAUGCAACUGUUGGUCUGUUUGCCAUUGUUGGGAAUUUCCUUUUAAUAUUCAUGGUUGUACUCUCCCGAAAACUGCAUACCAUCACAAACAUUUUUGUUGUAAACCUUAGCUUAGCUGACCUUGUCAUAGGUAUAGCAUUUCCUUUGGAGAGCUUGUGGCUUCUUCAACUUGAUGUUUCCCUGCCUGAAUGGACCUGCACCUUGGUUGGAUCCAUCAUCAUGAUUGCAGUCGGGUGCAGCGUAUCAACGCUGUUUUUCGUAGCCAUGAACCGUUACUUCCUCAUCACCAGAUCCAGGGUUACCUACCAGAGGAUCUUUACCCCAUGUAACAUUGUCUUGAUGAUAGCAUCUACCUGGCUCAACCUGACAGGUUUCCUCAUUGUCCCACAAAUUGUUGGGUAUGGCAGCUUGGGUUACGACAUGCACCUUGAGCUUUGCAUAUGGGAUCCAACUCAUGAAUAUGACAUGUAUUACAAGGGAGGAGCUCUGGCACUUCUCACACUUCCUCUCUUGCUAUCAAGUAUAUGCUACAUCUUGAUUUUCAAGUACAUACGUAACCAUUCUCAGAACAUGGCCUCUCAUAGGCAGAGUGCCCCCAUUGCAACAAACAAGCGCAUUGACAUCAUCAUCACCAAUAACCUCCUGGUUGUCAUCUGUGCCUUCUAUAUCUGCAUCCUGCCUUUUGUGAUUGCCUUCUGCGCCACUGGCUUCAGUUCCUCUCCAGACAUUUACGGCUAUGUGGCAUCUUACCUGGCAAUUCUUCUUGGGCUCAACAGCUGUCUGAAUCCUCUCUUUUACUGUCUCAAGCAUCCACACUUCAGGGAGGUCUUUUCCUGUAUCAUACGCUGCGACUUGGCAAGGGUCCCUCUACCAUCGGCCAUCUUGCGACGAGCCCUGGCUCAGCCUGACAGACAGAGUGAUCUUGCACACCUCUCAUCAUUAAACACAAUAUCAACACCUUGACAGUCUCUGAAGCCUUUCCUGAUAACUCCAUCACGGAUAUAUCACUAUGAAUGCUCGUCACCAUCACCCUAUCACAUAUAAUCAAAACCACUGCAUUGUAUCCAGUUUAAAACCAGUAUGCCUUAUAUCUAAUACAUUGAUUGUGGUCAUAUUAACCUAGAUUGUGUUACU